GAUUUACCUAGGGUCGCCACAGAAUCUGGCGCGGAAGGAACCCGCUGCCUCGCGCCUCCUGUCACGGCGGACACCGCCUUCACGUUUGUGUCUCUCUCCAGCCACGUUCCCAAGUGACUUUUCGAGGCGUGUUCGAACCAGCCGUGAGUGUCGGGCCGCCGGGCUCUCCCCACCAUGGCGACGUCGGAGCCGUUCACCGGGAAGGACGCUUACUCGCAGCACUUCGUGGCCCGCGACUACCUGCAAACCUACUACGCCUCCGCCCCCGACGAGACCGACCGCGACGGCCUGCUCGCCUUCAGCCUCCGCUCCCUCCACGCCGCCUUCCGACGCCGUGGCCUGCAAGGAGACACCCUGAUCGAUAUUGGAAGCGGGCCCACCAUCUACCAGUACCUCUCGGCCUGUGAGUACUUCCGAGAGAUCGUGGCCACAGAUUAUACCGACCAGAACCGGGAAGAGAUGCAGCGGUGGCUGAAGAAGGAGCCGGGAGCUUUUGAUUGGAGCCCGGUGGUGAAAUAUGUCUGCGAGCUGGAAGGGAACAGGGAAGAGUGGACCCAAAAGGAGGAGAAGGUGCGAAGAGCCGUCAAGCAAGUCCUGAAGUGUGACGUGACUGAGCCCAAUCCUUUGGCUCCGCUGUCUCUGCCUCCAGCUGACUGUGUGCUGUCCACCUUGUGCCUGGAAGGGGCUUGCAAAGACCUGCCCACUUUCUGUUCUGCUUUGAAGAACAUCAGCUCCCUUCUAAGAUCUGGAGGGCAUUUAGUCUUGUUAGCCAUCCUGGAAGAGACGUUUUACAUGGUUGGCCAGCGCCGGUUUUCUUGCCUGUAUUUGGAUCAGAAAUCUGUAGAAGAAGCAGUGAAAGAGGCUGGCUUUGAUAUUGAGUGGCUAGAAGGGAUCCAGUAUAGCUCUCCACAGAUUUCACAUGAUGCUAAGGGUGUCUGUGUACUGGUGGCACGGAAGCAUUGAAGCGGGUUGGAUAAUUGGUUGGAAUAGCUAGGGAUGCCACCUCCCUUGAAGGAAAUUCGUGUAGAUUUAGGGAGGGGGCCUGGGGAGGGCAGGUUUGGGGGAGUGGAGGGAUCUCCACAGGGCAUAAUUCCAUAGAGUUCCUCCUCCAAAAGCAUUCAUUUCCUCCAGGAGCACUGAUCUCUCUAGUCUGGAGAUCAGACAUAAUUCCAGAUCCUGAAGACCCAUGUAGAGGUUCGCAAUUCUCCAUGCAGCACCUGAUUUUAAUGUUUUAUCAGUAUAUGUUGAGAGGGAAGGAGUUCCCUCGUCCCCAGGGCGUCUGCUUGCUUUGAAUGAGAGAGCCCCUGAUAUUUAUGGAGGUCCCCCUUGUAAAACUGGCUUCAAUGCAGCCAAGGGAUGGAUGGAGGCCCAGAGGUAGCAGAACGUCUUCUUCAUCUCAUGUCUUCUAAGGGAACCCUGCAGCCUUUGGCCAGCUGACAUCUCUCUGGCCCUCAAGCAAACAGCGUCCAAAUCCCCUGGUGCCUCCUGGACUGCUUUCCUGCUUCUGACAGAUCUGAAUGGCUUCUUUGUCUUAAAUGUUCUCCACCAACAGAGCCUUCAUAUACUCUUUUUACCCAUUUCACGCAGAGCGCUGACUUCACAAAAGGGAACAUAUACAAUUACACAAAAAGACGAAGCCUAAAGUGGAAAAACACUCAGUUUUCACUCACUGAGCUAAAAAAGGCCUUCCCCUCUGUCUAGGGUGGCAAGUUGAGAUGUGAGCAGAUUAUGUGGGGUAUCACCAGAGUUCUGUGGCUGGAUUGCUUCUAGCCCGUCCCCUUUUCUGGGCCUUCCUGGCAUUUUCCAACUCCGCUUGGUUUGGUCCCUUGAACGUUUCUGCUGCCCCAAAGUCCAAUCUCUUUUCUUCGCUGGCUGUCGGUUUGCUGUCCUGCACACAGUUGUGAGAGUGACACCUUAUUGCAAUAAAUGUAGUUAAGGUCUUUAAGGGACCCUGGAGAUUUUUUAUCAUUGAAUUGAGCAUUAGCCAUUUGAUGGUGCUGCUAAUUUUAACUCCCCUUGGAUUAACUGUGGGUUAGAUGGUUACUAGGAGACAUGGUGGGGGGAGGGGCUACGCUUGACAGGAGUCUUAACUUUUGAGGCUCAAACCAAUAUCUUUGAUUAAAAGUUGGGCUCUUCCAAAAUGUUAAAGGUUUGUGCUUAGUUGGCCUGAAUGUUAAAAUAUAAAACAAUCAUUUUAUUAUGAAAAAGAAAAGUAUUAGGCUUUGUCUGUAUUAAUCUUUUGGCUUCAGUUUGGCAAGCAAAGCAAUUCAUCAGUUACAAUAAAGAAUAACUUCUCUGAUCUUGAUUGGAGGAAGAGAGGUCUCUGUUCUCUACACUGAUCUUGGUAGUAGAAAGUGCCGCCAAGGCACAGAUAUCUUGUAUAUUAUUCUUCGAAAAUGGGUAGUAAAGGACUAUAUAACUGAA